AUGGGUAAUACAUGUUACUAUGAACUUUUAGGAGUCGAAAUAUCAGCAACUGAUACUGAUUUAAAAAAAGCUUAUAGAAAAAAGGCAUUGCAAUAUCAUCCAGAUAAAAAUCCAGAUAAUAUAGAAGAAGCUACAGAAAUUUUCUCUCAAAUUAAAACGGCCUAUGAAGUUUUAUCUGACCCACAAGAGAGAGCAUGGUAUGACACUCAUAAAAAUGAGAUUUUAAAUGAUGAUUAUGAUGAUCAAGGUUAUACCGAUAAUAAUGUAGAUCCAUGUGAUCCGAGAAUAACCGGUGAAAUAACUACCGAGGAUUUACUAAAAUAUUUCAACAACGGGUUGUACAAUAAUGGAACUAAUAAUAUGUAUGAACUUGUUGGCAGUCUAUUUAUUAAGAUUGCUAAUGAUGAAAUAUAUUUUGGAAGGAAAUAUGGCUUAAAAAACUAUGAUAAAUACCGGGAUGAUUAUGUGUAUGAAGAGCUAAAAAAUAAUGACUACAGUUUUAUAUCUAAUAAAUAUUGUCAGAGCACAUAUGUUAAAACUCCUACGAAUAAUUUAAAAUACCAGAUAUUUGGAGAUCAAUCUACUGACUAUAAUUUCUUGAAAAAGUAUUUUUACAAAAAUUGGUCUAGCUUCAAUACCGUUAAGGAUUUUUCAUGGAAAGAUCAAUACAUGUAUUCAAGAACUUAUGAUAGAAAAACUAAGCGAGAGAUUAAAAAGAGAAAUGAUAAACUAAGAUUAGAGGCCAAAAGUGAAUAUAAUAAAACUGUUAAAAAUUUUGUGAAAUAUGUUAAAAAAAUGGAUAUUAGAUUAAAAAUAGGUGCAAAGAAGGAAGAAGAAAUUAAAAGGUUGGAAAAAAGGAAAAAUUUUGAAUCACUUAAGCAGAGAGCAGGACAGAAGAAACAAACAAGUACUAUUAAUUAUGAGGAUGAGUUACAAACUUGGCAAAAGAUCGAUGAAUCUAAAUGGGAUGAGCUAGAAAAAAAUUAUUUUAGUGAAACACAAGAUGGGAAGGAAGAGGGGAUAUAUAACGAUAAAAACAAAUAUACUGAAUCACAUGAUGAUAAGAAUGUUGAUGCCGAUCUAUCUGAUUAUGAAGAAAUUAUAUUAUACGAGUGUGCAGUAUGCGGGAAAUAUUUUAAAUCUGAAAAUCAAUUAAAUAAUCAUAAUAAUACCAAGCAACAUAAAAAACUAUUAAAGAAGAUACAAUGGGAAAUGAAGAAGGAAAAUAUAUCGUUAGGAUUGGAUAAUAUAUCUGAUAUAGAUGAGUUUGAAUCGGCAGAUGAUGGAUCUAUCGAAGAUGUGACAGAGGGGGAAAAAGAUGUGACAGAGGGGGAAGAAGAAAUUGACGAAGAAUUGGCGAAAAUUGAAAAAGAAUUGGAAAUGUUGGAAAUGUUGGAAAAAGAAGAUAAAGAAAUUAAUGAAGCUACCACUCAAUUAGACAAAGAUAUAGAUACCAAGGAAAAAGACGAUUUAUUAGACCAACACGGAGAUGCUGCAUUGGAGAAUAUGUUAAAUAAUUUGAACAAAAAUAAAGAUAUUGAUCAAUAUGAUAAAGAUGUUAAGAAAAGCAAGAAAAAGAACAAAAAGAUAAGUACUGCUGCAAUCAAUAGUCAUUCGUGUAGUAUAUGUUCUGAGACAUUUACUAGUAGAAAUAAACUAUUUAAACAUGUAAAUGAAUUAGGGCACGUUGCUUUGAAGUCAAAAGUUAAAAGUAGUAAGAGAAAAAAGAAAUAA